UGUUGCUCUAUCCACUGUGCUACGUAACUGUUCCUCUUUUGUUCUUUUUUGGAGUUCACCUCUUCUUUUAAUGUCUUCUUUGCAGCAGAGCUAUUCUCCAUUGGGCAUCAAAGGCAGACUGGAAAAGCAAGAAACCAAAAGAGGAAGCUGCCCUAAUGUUUUGGUGGUGAUGGUUCAGGAUUCCUCCUCCCCUUUAUUCUUUUUUUAAAACCCAUACCUAGCUGUAGUACUACCUACCUGCUUCUACCUUUGUUCUUAAUGUAUGUAGGCGAGGUCAUUGGAUAUCUUUGGCAAUUGAGAACAGGUUUCAUGCUGUUCCCUCUAAAACUUGAGGCUAUUUGUACUGGCCAAUGAAUGAACUGUUGGGGGUUACAUACUGUGGGCCUGUGGAGUAGACAAGGCUGUUGGAGUGUGUAUUUGUUUGGAGAGGUGGAGUGCCCAAAGCUUACCUGUCCAGAUCUUACAAUGGGAGCCAAUGAAGAUUCAAAUUUAAUGGUCCUUCUUCAAUUAAAUAAAUAGUGAACCAUAAAUGUAUAAAUGAUGAUUGCUCAAACUCCUCUGCUCUAAUUCUAAUUCUAAGUCAUUUGGCUUUUCUUGGCUUCACUUUUCUCUGGUGUAAAAUGGAAAUUAUAUUGUCCUCAGCCUCAAUGGCAAUAGUUCCAAAUGUAAACAAUUUUAAGUGUCUAGGGCUUUGCAAAAAUAGAUGCAAAUCAAACAAAAUAAUAGUGUAAACAGGGAGGUGGAGUGGAAAAUCAUGACCACUCCCCCUUUUAAAACACAUAAAUAAUUUCAGCCCCUCCCUAUCUGAGCCAGAGGAGAAUGUUUCCUGAGUUGAGUUGACUUCUUUGGCUGGGAUGCUGCUGUUUUCAUCUGAUCAGACAUAAAUACUCUCUGGACGUCACUGUAGGGUUUGCAUUUGCUGAUGAAUUGUUUCCAGGGCACCAAUGCCUCUGCUCUGGAAAAAGACAUUGGUCCAGAGCAGUUUCCAAUCAAUGAACACUACUUCGGAUUGGUCAAUUUUGGGAACACAUGCUACUGUAACUCUGUGCUGCAGGCAUUGUAUUUCUGUCGGCCAUUUCGAGAAAAUGUAUUGGCGUAUAAGGCCCAGCAAAAAAAGAAGGAAAAUCUGUUGACUUGCCUGGCAGACCUUUUUCACAGCAUUGCUACUCAGAAGAAAAAAGUUGGCGUUAUUCCACCAAAGAAGUUCAUAUCAAGGUUAAGAAAGGAGAAUGAUCUCUUUGACAACUACAUGCAGCAGGAUGCCCAUGAAUUUUUAAAUUAUUUGCUAAACACUAUUGCAGACAUCCUGCAGGAGGAAAAAAAGCAGGAAAAACAAAAUGGGAAGUUAAAAAAUGGCAACAUGAAUGAACCUGUGGAAAACAACAAGCCAGAACUCACCUGGGUUCAUGAAAUCUUUCAGGGAACGCUGACCAAUGAAACUCGUUGCUUGAACUGUGAAACUGUUAGUAGCAAAGAUGAAGAUUUUCUUGACCUUUCUGUUGACGUGGAACAGAACACAUCAAUCACACACUGUCUAAGAGACUUCAGUAACACUGAGACCCUGUGUAGUGAACAGAAAUACUACUGUGAAACUUGCUGCAGUAAACAGGAGGCCCAGAAAAGGAUGAGAGUAAAAAAGCUUCCAAUGAUCCUGGCAUUACACCUUAAGAGGUUCAAAUAUAUGGAACAACUCCACAGAUAUACCAAGCUCUCCUACCGUGUGGUCUUCCCGUUGGAGCUACGUCUGUUCAACACAUCCAGUGAUGCAGUGAACUUGGACCGCAUGUAUGACUUGGUGGCUGUAGUAGUACACUGUGGCAGUGGACCUAAUCGUGGGCAUUAUAUUACCAUUGUGAAGAGUCAUGGGUUCUGGCUCCUAUUUGAUGAUGACAUUGUAGAGAAAAUAGAUGCUCAAGCUAUUGAAGAGUUCUAUGGCCUGACAUCCGACAUAUCAAAAAAUUCGGAGUCUGGAUAUAUUUUAUUCUAUCAAUCAAGAGAAUGACUUGAAGAACUACAGAACUGCUUUAAGUGGGACAGUGAAAUAGAGCCCACUCUGAUCUGGCUUCUCCGCAGAUUGAUCACCUUCCUUCUUAAUGGCCCACCAAUGACAUACCCUGAGCCUAAAUAGUCUAACUGUGUUAGGCUGUUGCCCUCCUUCCCUUCACCCCUCCCAUUUUGAUAUGCAGCACUUUUGGUUUUAUUUCAGUCAGAGAUAGAAUUAAAUGUUAUCCAAUUGUAGUAAGAUUUACAUGAAUAACAUUUACAGAUUUUUAGGAUUGAGUCAACACUAUGCCAUCUGCUGCCUCCCAUUGAACUAGAGUAAUGUUUUCUACAAACGGCCAUCUUCUCUUUUGAGGCUUUUUACCGAACUUUGUAAAUGGCUUCAGGGGUCAAUUUACAACGCAUUCCUCUUAAUUGUGUAACUCAGAGGCUCUACAGCUCCCCAUUUUUAGCUCUCAAGCCAAGUUUUCUAUAGAGUAGGCUUAAAGAAUUGGAUAGAUUUCAUGCCCUCCAGGGCUGAAACUCUAGCUUUAAGUUGAAAAACUUGUAGAAGUGAGUAACCUCAAUACUAAAAAUAGCCUCAAAAGUAGGGGAAUGGGGUAUAGAGCUUAUUAUAGUGACAGUAGUGUUAGCCCUUUUGGCAUUGGAACCAGCCAUUAAAGUUCAAGGGCCCAACAAGGUAUGGUAUUAACGGUAGGUGAAAGGAAGAAGAAGAAGAAACAGAAGAGAAGUUCUGGAUGAUGGGAAGGUCCUUAUCUUAAAGAUAUACUUAAUGAAGUUUCAGUACCACCAAAUUUUUCUCUUAUCGAACCCUGGGGAAAUAUCUCACCCUACUAAUCUUUUCAGGGUAAUUUUUCAAUUGAUCCUUCAAUACUUUCUACAGUAGUGGGGAUAAAACAAACAAACACCUGGUCCCACUCCCCCAAAUCAUUUAGUACCGGCAUAACCUGUAUGUCAUGGGACUAAACAGGGAAUCACGUUUUUAUAGUUAUCCAGUCCUAUUAUGUGACUGUUAGUAAUUUUUAUUUUUCAGUUAGUUUACAGAGGCCCUGGCAAAUGUCAGGGUUAAUAAAGAACUGUUCCCUAGGGGGAAUACUGGAAAUAACAAAGUAGGAAGGAGGCAAAGUCCAAGGAAGUGUAAGUAGGGCAAGCAGAAGGAGGAAAAUCAAACUGAGUGGUGGACAUUUUCUUGGGUUCAAUCAGCCCCUCGGCUGUUUCACGAGACAGAUUUCUAAGAAAGAACCUCAUCUCACACAUUUUUACUUUUACUUAUUUUCAUUGUUUUAUUCUAUAUAUUUAUUAGAACAGUGACAAUUCAGUACUUUUCAUUAAAAGGGUCGACUGUCUUUCUGUCAUUAGCUGUUUUUGUCUUUUCCUUCUCUCUCCAUCCCCUCCCUUCCCUCCCCCCCCCCCCCCAACAUUCUUAGCAAAGAUUGUUUGAAAUUCUCGUUUUGGAUUUCUGCUUCUGUUUGGGAAGUCAAUUAACUUCUCUAUGUUAUAAUCUACUGUGAAUGUGAUAUUAUUUUGUACCUUAUGAUCCAUGAACGUGUAAACUUUUGGUAUGAUGUGGUUUGAAAUGGAAUUAGAAAGGUGAGCAGCCAUUUUGUAUCAUAAGGCGUAUAGCACUUUAAUGAGAGAGAAACUGGAUUUCUUAUCUUUGAAAUACCUUGAACUGUUUAUUACUCAGAACAUGACUCAAUAGGUCCAUAUGCUUCAUUUUGCCAUGGUGAUGGUGAAAUGUACCACCUUCCAUCAGAAGACAAAAACAGGGUGACUUUCCCCCCUUUCCCCUCUUUGGUGAGUAAAAUAAAGUUGCCUUACCUUGUUUAGAGGCAAAUUCUUAUUUGUCAAUAUUCACACCUCUCUUUUUUCCAUUGAAGUUAUGCAGCAAUCACUUGCUUGGCAGGUGAAUCUUGGUCUCUGAUUGUGAGUGAGUGCACUUUCCAGACUGUCGGUGACUAAUGGGGAGAGAAUGUCUUUGUUUAAUGUAUCUCAGAUGCUUGGCUAUAUAGAUUGCAAAGCUAAAGAGAUGUAGAGUGGAUCUCUAGCUUACACAAUCAGAGCUGGGAGCCUGAAUGAUAAUUUUGGGAAGAGAAAUGAUUUAAAUUGUUUUAAAAUAGAUUUUUGGAAAGAAACAUCCAAUUUACUAGGAAAAGGUUUAUAAACUGGUAAGGAAUGAAGAAGAUGAGUGAAGCAAUAUUUUAGAUGUUAAACCAGGGUUAUAGUCUAACCUUUAUAUGGUUACAAACAGCUUUUCCCAAUGACUUUUACUAUGAUAGUUUAUUUUUUUCAUGUAAACAAAGAAGAGGAAAAUACAGAGUUUAUGAACAGAUUUCUGGUAUUUGUAAGAAGAUAUUUUGGAAGGCAUUAAAGAGAUGUGGUCUAGUGCAAAUAAAUGAUUGGGAAUUGGUCAAAAUGUGCCCACCGUCCAAAUUUGAUCAGCAUUUACUUUACUUUAGGUCUCUGCUCACUCUUCCCCCCCCCCAAUACACACAUAUCCUCCCCACCAUUUUCCCUCCAUUAGGGAAAUAAAGAGAUCAGCUAUAUAAUUUUUUUUUAGCCUUUUCACUUUAUUUAGAGAUGAUAUCACCCAAGUGGAUUUUUUUCCUUUAUUCUUCCCAUUAUGAGAGAGCCUGGGGAUGGUACAAAAUAAGCAAGCCCAUCUUACAAACCACCUAGAAAUUUUGAGUUCAGAGUCUCAGCAUGAGUCUCCAGCUUUCAUCCAUGUCUCUAUUUGGCUUGUUGGGUCCUUGCAGAAAUUGCUUUGCAGCUUUUUUUUUUUUAUCGGUUAUAUAUUUUAAAACAAGCUGCUGUAUCUUGCCUUGAUGAAGAAGAAAUCUUUUGAUUUUAUUGGUUCAUAGUUAAAAGUUAGAAUGUGGUAGAGUACAAGACAAGAUCCUGUGGUAAGAUAGAUUUAAGAAUGCACUUUGGCAUGGAGCCUGCUAGCUUUGGAUCCUGCUCUGCUCAUGGCAUUCCUCAUUUUGAGAUGCUAUUCAAAGCAACUGAAAUGACGGAGGACUAAGGACCAACACCAGCUGAAGGCAUGUCUGAAAAUGAGGCUGGCACCUUUGGGGAUUUGCUAGACUGAGGCAGCUGAAGAUAAGAGGAAAAAAGAUAAAAACAUUCCUUGUAUGUUUAAUUUUAUGGAGCUGCAUAACUGUGAACCAAGUUCUAACUGAGGUUUAGGGUUUAUUUUUAGAUACAUGGAUUCUUACAUUUUACCACCAAUGGUUUUUAUCUUCAAACAUGACUUUUUGUUCAACCUUGUAUAUUCAUGUGAAUUUAAAUAUCAUGCACUAAAUGUUUUGCCCUUGUUUGCUAUUAUGUAGCCAAGGUGUUCUUAGGCACCAUUCGGAAUAAUUUGCCCUUGUAAAUGGUGUGGGUCAGGGAAAAAUAGAUAUAUUUUUUUUCUUGCUCAAUUUACAUUAGUAAAUUGUUUUCCAGUGUUAUAUUAAUUUAUUUCUGCCUCCUGUUUCCGCAUAACUGAGAUAUUUGCUGUAUCCAUGUAGUUUUCAUUUGUGUUGCUAAUAUCUAUAGUUUUAAUUUUAAAUAACCUGUACUUUCAUUUUUUAAAAUGUAACCAACCCAAGCACUUUAAGCAAUAAUUUCAAUCGUGUGAAAGUUCAAUCAGUUUAACCCCUUGCCUCUAAAAUGGAGUUUGCAAAAAAUAAAUAAAUAAACAAAUAAAUGAAUGGAAA